ACUUGUUACUUCAGAGCUACUGCCAGGAAAAGAAACCAAAGAGUCACACACAAGCUGUUUCAAAUGACUGUAAACUUAGAACUGAAGAGAUCAGGACAUAGACUUGUGAUGUAUGUGUGAAAGUGUGUGCACGUGAACGAGUUCGAAGUGUUCAUUUUCCAUCAUGAGUCUCAAAGGCAGGAGAUUCUCACUGGACAGCGCUGUCUAUCUGGACGGAGCUGGAGUCCUUUCUCAUCGAAGAGGAAGCGUCAAGUUCAUCAGUAAGAAAUCUAAACAGAGCCAGAGUCUGGACGAAGCCCGAGUGGAGAUCCAGGAGUUUAAUCACAGCCUCAACUCCAACGUGUCUGUCAGGGAGCAAACCAUAGCAGAGGAGAGCCCUGAGCGAUCACAUGAACUUACCAACAAUCAUAGCUUCCUGAAGCACAAUAAAAGCUUCCACAAGCUGUUCCCAGAGAUUCCUGAGGGGGAGAACCUGACACACACGUUCACAUGCGCCUUGCAGAAGGAGGUGCUGUAUCAUGGAAAACUCUUUGUUUCUGAGAGCCAUGUGUGUUUCCACUCAUCGGUGCUGCUCAAAGACACCAAGGUGGUGAUUCCUACAUCCAGUGUCAGUGAGGUGAAGAAACAUAACUCAGCUUUGUCCAUGUUGUCUAUUCAAACUGCUGAUGGAGAGAAGCACUCAUUUGUGUCUUUGAGAAACCGUGAGACGUGCUACAAACUCCUCCAAAACAUCUGCUCACAUGUACAGCAGGGGGAAAGUCCAAGUAGCAGCCCUCACCUGUCCUCUGCAGAGAACGAAGCUGAACACGAUGUGCCUUCCAGUUAUUCCAGUUUAGAGGACAGCAUAGAUCAUGAUGUGAGCAGACAAGACAGCAGAUGUCCGUCCAGCGAAGGUGCCACAAGAUGCAGUUCCACACGUCAAAGCAGCUUAACAGAUGAAGACGACAGAGAGGCUGCAUCAUGGAUUUGGAGAGUCUUUGAGAAGUUCACACCGUUCUUCUUCCUCAGUGAAAUAAGGAAUCUCAGCAUUCUUUUCUACAUCUACAUGAUGCUAAUCGUGUUGCUGCUGCUGACGUCUGGGUACAUCGGGCUGAGGAUCACAGCACUGGAGGAGCAGCUGAAUUCUUUGGGAGCCCUGACUGAGACGUCUUUACACCACAAAGAAUAACUCAUAUAAAGUACCACUCUAUUAAGACCUACAUUGAGGCCUGUCUACACAAACUCCCAAACCUAUCUUAACUCUGGGUAUCUGUUAAUUUGACUUGUGCAAAGCAAUGUGCAAUAAUUUGAACAGACUAGUUCCCCCACAGUAGAUAUUAAACUCCUGUGUUACCCCAUGUCAUGCAUAUGAUGCAAGUCAGCAGCGAGAUGCUUUUGGGAUGUCUGAACCAGGCCACACAUGGUGAACUACAUGGAUGACUGGCUGUGUUGGCAGAGAGGCACCAGGACAAUAUUUUCUGUGAGGCCUGCACUGAUUCUCUGCUGAGAGAUCAAAAACUGAAGUGAGGCUCUCCUGCGCUGAGCCAUAUGGAGGCAUCCUGCUGAAGCCAUGUUUAUCCCUGGCAGGUGAACAGCUGAGCUCAGCUUACAGAGAUUGCUGGAGUCUUGACUUGUCAUUUUCUUGGAUCAACACAACCUACAACAGUGAGAACACAUCAGAGUCGACCUUAACAAGCAGGCAAAAGAAGCACUUUGUUGUCUGUUGAUUAAUUACAUAUAUUGAAUUUGAGGGUUUAAUGUUGUGUAGUUUAAUGCUGGAGUCCAAUGUUUGAGAGAAAGAUUGUUAAUGACAGCAGUCAGCCAGCAGAGGGCAGUCAGCUCCAUUAAACUUGAUCGAAACAUGAGAAAGUAAGACAGGCUUUCACUUGCACUUCAAAAGAUUGAGGCACUGAAAUUUCUUCACAAUAUAAAUGUUAGAGAACAUUUGCUUCUCAUCUUUUGGUUUAUCAAUCGUUUUAAUAAAUGCUGGAGAACUGGUUUCAUACACAUUUUGACCAAUUGAUAUCAAUGCCUUUAAAUCCAUUUUAAUGAGCAAAUAUUCUGUGUAUACUUGAAAAGGAAGUACCUGUGAGAAUAUGUGAUUGAAUGUGAGUUCUGAGAUUGCAUGCAAUUUAAAAAAAAUACACAGGAUGUGUUUAAAACUGAGUCCUCAAACUGCAUUAAACUAUAUGUGAAAGUAUUCUCCAAAACUUUGCCAGGCCUGGAAAACCCAAUUUUCAAAUUCCAUGAUUUAUCCAGGAUUUUUACAGCUGUAUGACCCUGUACAGUAUCUGCCUUGAUUCCAGCCAAUGGGAAGAGACUUUACAUAUGAUUUUACGUAUUAGCAUUCAAAACCCUGAGUCACUGGUGUAAACAUCAUGUCAUCCAAAGACUAAAUUUUCCAGUUAUGUAAAUAAGAAUAUUGCAUUUCUUUGUAGCACAGACUAAAUGACCUUGUACACAGUCUUAUUAACUUAUGUGUUGUACAGUUAUACAAUGACUGUUUAAAAACAAUCUUAUCAUUUUUUGUACAUAAGUGUCUUUUUAUUAUUUUGUUGUCCAUAAAAAGGUCAAGAUUCA